CUACAUAUUGUCCAAGACAGCUGUCAAAUGAGACUCGAUGAGCCGCAAUGCUCUUAAAGGUUCUUCAUUUCUCCAUAUCAGCCCCAACAAAAGAGGCGACAUAUGAACUGGUGAUCAUUCAUGCUCUUCCAUUGGAUGCCUCCGGCGCAACCUCAAACAACCGCUCUUAAGCGAGCCGGCAGCUGGACCCGGGUCCCCACUCUUGCCCAAUUGCACCGCCACAUCGGAGGCCGCUCCAAGGGUGACAUCACAUGUGGCUGUGCAAGCUACCCCAGCUUGCCCGCUCAGCCAAUCCAACACAUGAGCUUGCACGACAUGACGCCGCAUGAUAGAGUGCAGGGCCCUGGCCCAGACCCAGACCGCAUGUGAUUCAGAACAAGCGCUUGGCCGUUGCAAUAAAAUAAACCGGUUCCGACCGCCUCAUUACAACGCCCUUGCGUCUACCUCUACAGGAAACUAUACUUUUCUUGC